AUUUUAUUCAUCAUGAAUUUUUUUGGAUCUAAAAAAGCACAAGCUCCUCCUCCUGAGCCAAAAUUAUAAUCAAUGACUAAAGAAGAACUCAGAGAUAAAUAAAGAUCAAUGAAUAAAGAAUUGUAAAAGGAAAUGAGGGAAAUUGAAAGGUACUUAAUUAUUUUAUGUUUUAAAAGACAAAAUUUUUAAAUUGAAUAGGCAAGGAAGAAGGCUGAAGACUUGCUUCAAAAAGAAAUAAAGAAAGGAGAUAAGGCUGACAAAUUUAUUAAAUAGACUUAUGCAAAAUAGGUCAUUUAAUGUUAAAAACAAAAGGAGAGAAAUCUUUUAAAUAAAGGAAAGAUUUAAAAUGUUAUGUAUGGCAUAGAUAAUAUGUUUGCCAACAUCAAAAUGGCUCAAGCUAUGGGAUGCAUCUCUAAUGUUAUGAAAGACAUCAACAAGCUGAUGAAUAUUAAGGAAAUUUCAGCAACUAUGUAAGAUUUACAAAAAGAAAUGAUGAAAAUGGGUAUCGUUCAGGAAUAAAUGGAUGAUGCUAUGGAGAACAUGAAUGACGAUGUUGAUCUUGGAGACAUGUAAUAAUAAGUAUUCUAUUACAUGUAUCUUAGGCUGAUGACUUAAUCUAUUAGAUUGAAUCUUAACAAGCAGGACCAAAUAAGUUAUUGCCUCAACAACAAUAGAUGAAACAAUAAGAAGCUAAUUAGGAUUUGGAUGAUUUUGAAAAGAAAUUAUAGUAAUUGUGAUAUUAACUAUAAAAUAUAAGAUUUAAAC